AUGAGAAGAUCAAAUGUUAAGAAUAAAGGGCAGGGAAGCUCUUUCAACAGAACUUCUGGAAGUCUUCUAGAUGAUAGUGAUGAUGAUCAGAAUGAGCUACAGGCAUACCUUAGCUCUCUAACUAAAAAGAGAGCUCCUGCUAAGAGUCCAGACCUAAGUGACAUAUCCAUCUCCAGUGGUGAUUUGAGUUUUAAAGGGGCCAAAAAGCAGACCAGUACCAGUAAAUUCCUAAAAAAUAAAGCAGAUGGCCAAAACAAUACAGAAAAAACAGCAACAAAGUCAGGGGCAGGAAAUUUCAGCAGCUCAUUAACUUUAGGAGGUUCACUUCGAGAUGCAGGACGUCUUGGAAAUUCUACUGGAUCAUCAGCAUUAGACAAGGUGGCAGCACUGAAUAGCAAGUAUGGAGGGAAAGGAAUUGGGGCUAAGAAACAGCCCGCUCCUGUGCUGAGUGACAGUGAUAUGGAGAUGGAUAUUAGUUUAAGUGAUGACAAUGUGGCAGGUGCUUCUUCAAUGAACAGUAGAAAAGUUCUGAAAGAGAGGAACUCUUAUCAAGAUUCUACAGAACCUGGAACUUCAAGCAAUAGAUUCUUAAAGACAAAUAAACAGGCUGACCAGAAGAAAACCCCUGAAAAGAAUGAUAAAGAAAAUCAAAAAGAUAAAACACAAGGAAUAACUGAUGGAGUAAAUUUCCCUGGACACUCUAGUUUGACUAAGAUAAAGAGCUUUGAAGGAUUGAAUGAAUUAAGUGAUAGUGACAGUCACAGUUUAGAACUAGGUAAAAGCAGCGGGAAAUUUCUCAAAAAGAAACCACUAGGGGGCAGUUCUAAACAAGGAAUCACUAUUCCACAAGCUCAGGUUGAAAAUGAAACAAGCUCAUCAGAGUCAAAUACUGCAGAAAUUAUGAAAGGGAUUGAAGGCAUCAGUGACAUAUCUUUUAGUGAAGAACAUACAAAAAGUGCUAAAAAAACAACUGUAAAAUCUCAAAAGGCUAAUCGUGAAGUUCACUUUGAUGUUAGCGAUGAAUCCGAGUCUGUAGCAAACAUUCCCCUAAAGAGGUCAACAGACAACAAAGCAGUCAAGACCUCUACUCCAGCAAAAACUGCCAAAAAGCCUAUAGUCUUUGACAGUGAUGAGGAAGAACUGCAGGAAUUCAUUGAAGGGCUAUCCCCAACACCAACACCAGACAGUGCAGCUAGACACAAGUUCCAGAGAGCAAGUGGUAAAAAUACUGGAGUUGAAAGUCCAAGCUUACAAAGAAGUGGUUCAGCUAGCAGUGUUUCAACCAUAGGAGAAGGUCCAGCAUUCAAUUUGGUUACCCUAGAUGACAUUUUAGGAGAUAUGGAAGCAACACCAACAGCUCCUUUAACCAAGUCAAAGAAGAAUGAAGAGAAAGAUAUUCAAACCAAAAGUAAUGAUCAAGCUAAAGACAAAAGACCUGUGCCAAAACCCAGAAAAUCAAAACAGGACUCUGUUAGUGUUGAAUCUCCAGAGCCUGACCCAUUAAGCAGGAUGGGACUGCAGACUUUAGACGACGUACUUGAUAUUGACAAUGAUCCAUCGGUUCCUGUUACCCAGAGUUAUCUGACAAAAGAGACAAAAGAUGAGAGCUCGUCAAGCAGCUCUGAAGAAAUCAUACUCGAUAUGUCCCAACAAAGUGAUAUUGUUUAUGAAAAUGACUUUAAUAAGGAUAGGAAAUCUAGACCAAUAACUCCUAGAUCUGAGGCAGUUACCCCUAAAUCAGAAAUUGUUAGUGAAAUAAAGUCAGAAAUUCAAUACCAGAGUGACUUUGAAAGAUCUCAGUCCAGAAUUAGCCCAACACCAACUCCAAGAUCACAAAGCAAUAGAUAUUCAGAUGAUUUUGAACACAGUUAUCAGGAUAAGUCAGAUAUAGGUAGGUCUAGGUCAGCUAGUCCUAAGAGGUCAAGGUCAAACUCUCGAUCAAGUGAGCAGAGGUCAAGAUCAAGAUCCAGAACUGACAGAAGCAGUAGUGGAACCACAUCUCUGAGGUCUAGCUUUUCACAGUCUGUGUCAAGUUCAUCAAAAACUGAAACCUCGUCCAGAUCACGAAAAAAACACAAAGGUUCAUCUCGGUCACCUACAAGCAGGAAAGCAUCCUAUUCACCUAGAGGAAAACAUGAUAGAUCGAAGCAUAAAGAUUCAUACUCUAGUAGCAGAUCUGGAACUAGUAAGGAUGAUGAUUAUUCCAGAGAUAGCAACACUGAGAGUUACAGGUAA